AUGCCUGAUCAAACAGAUCAAUCCCAGAAUCCUAGUUCUGUUUACUAUCUGAGCAACAGUGAUCUAAAUGCUACAAAAUUGGUGAAUAUUGAAUUUGAGGGACAGUUUUUCAAUGAUUGGAAACGAUCUAUGAUGAUAGCUUUAUCUGCAAGAAACAAAUUGUGUUUUGUUGAUGGAACACUAAAUCAGCCAGCAAUAAAUUCUGCAAACUACAGAUUAUGGUGCAGAUGUAAUGAUUUGGUGAUUUCUUGGAUGUUAGCUUCACUUGAACCUAAAAUAGCAAGAAGUGUCUUGUAUCUCAAGACAGCAAGAGCAAUUUGGCUUGAAUUGGCUGACAGAUUUUGUAGAGAAUCUGGUCCUCAAUUGUUUUCUGUACAGCAUCAGUUGAGUGAGUUAACACAAGAAGAGGAUGAAGGAAUUGCUAUUUUUUACACUAAAAUCAAGCUAUUUUGGGACCAACUGGAUGGAUUAGAACCUCUGCCUACGUGUGUUUGCACUGGUUGUAAUUGUAAUCUCACACAAACAACUUCUGAAAACUCAGCAGAAUCAGAGAUUGAUACAAUUUUUGAUGAAAUUAAACCAGAAAUAUGA